AUGUUCCGAAUUCUUAGAUGCAAACCAGCGGUAUCGCACAAUAGACCCUGCAGCAGAGGCGGCAGCAGCUUCAGCAAUAUGUCCAAGGAUAGGGAUGAAAACGUUAGUAGCACUGCUCCAGCUCGGGAGAAGAGAAAACGUUCAAUCAGCGAUUCUGCUGGAAGAACAGCGGCUGAGCGAAAACUGGCGCAUGCAGACUAUACCGUCGGCUGGAUCUGUGCUCUAAAGAUAGAAUACGUUGCCGCGCAGAUUUUUCUUGAUGAGAACCAUCAAGCCCCGGAGCAUGUGCACCCUCACGACGACAAUAACUAUGCAUUAGGUAGGAUAGGACGCCACAAUAUAGUUAUUGCAGUCUUGCCCAAUGGAGAAUACGGCAUCUCCAGCGCUACAGGCGUUGCAAAGAACAUGCUGAGCAGCUUUCCUAAUGUUAGGAUCGGUCUAAUGGUUGGUAUCGGCGGCGGCGCACCAAGUUCCAAGCAUGAUGUACGGCUUGGAGACGUCGUGGUUAGUGCUCCUCGCGAUGGAACUGGAGGCGUUUUCCAAUACGACUUUGGCAAAGCGAUCCAAGAUGGGACUCUUCGUACAACAGGGUUUCUGAACCAGCCGCCAACGUUUCUUUUAACCGCAGUGAAUGGACUUGAAACGGACUAUGAGAUCCAUGGUCACCAACUUGAAGAGAGCAUCAAUGGCGUUCUUGAAAAAUUACCGAGGCUGCGUCGAAAAUAUGCGCGACCGCUGCCAACCACUGACAGAUUAUAUCGAUCCUCAGUGAUUCAUCCUCUGCAUACCGAAGAAAGAUGUGCAAACUCAUGUGGAGAUAUCUCAUCGAAUACAGUAAUACGGGCCGACAGAACUCAGGAGGACGAUAAUCCGGCCAUCCAUUAUGGCUUGAUUGCCUCGGCAAACCAAGUGAUGAAGGACGCCCUGAUACGAGACAAGCUAAUCAAAGAAAAAGAUGUCUUAUGUUUUGAGAUGGAAGCAGCUGGACUAAUGAACCAGUUUCCAUGCUUAGUUAUUCGUGGCAUUUGCGAUUAUUCUGAUUCUCAUAAGAAUGAAGAGUGGCAAGGCUACGCAGCAAUGGCAGCCGCAGCUUACACCAAGGACCUUUUAUUCAGAAUCCCCCCCAAUAAGGUUGAGGAGGAAAAUCGAAUUAUCGACGUCCUAAAAAAUGUGUUUGAUGGCGUUGAAAAGCUUCUCAGCGUACAUUACGAUCAAGAGCACCAGAACAUACUCAGAUGGCUCGCACCUAUUGACUUCGCCAUCCAGCAGAGCGAGUAUAUCAAGAUUCGUCAACGAGGGACUUGCCAUUGGUUUCUUGCCUCGGACGAAUAUCUGUCUUGGCUCAAGUCUGACAACCAGACGCUAUUCUGCCCCGGAGUCCCUGGAGCCGGUAAAACUAUCAUGAGCGCGGCAGUUAUCGAUGACCUUCUUUACGGCCGAUAUAAAGACGACGCUAGUGUAGGAAUAUCGUACCUAUACUGCGACUUCAGGAGGCAUAACGAACAGAAAACAAAUGAUCUUAUCGCGAAUCUACUGAAACAGCUAAUUCAGAAACAAAGGAGGAUACCUGAUUGUGUGCAGAUUCUCUACGACGAGUAUAACGAGAUUCAAAAAAGGCCCUCUUUGACUGAGCUGCUAGAAGCAUUGCAUUCUGUCAGCAGUCUUUACUCUAAAGUCUUCAUCCUUGUCGAUGCAUUAGAUGAGUGUCAAGAAACAGAUGGAUGUCGCAAAAGCUUUUUGUCGGAGAUUCUGAAGCUUCAAAGAGAAACUAAUGUAAAUAUAUUUGCGACUUCGAGAUUCGUCCAAGAGAUCGCCGAUACUUUUGAUCAAAGUGUUCACUUCGAGAUCAGAGCGAAAGAUGAAGAUGUGCAAGCAUUUCUUGAUAGCCGUAUGGAUAGGCUUCCAAAUUUUAUAUUGACAAAGCCAGAUUUACAAAAUGAGAUAAAAACCAAAAUAUCUCAACUUUCUGAUGGAAUGUGA